CGGCGGCAGCGGCGGCGGCGGCGGUAAGAUGGCUGCCCACGGGGGCUCCGCGGCGUCCUCGGCGCUGAAGGGGUUAAUUCAGCAGUUCACCGCCAUCACCGGUGCGAGUGAAAGUGUAGGAAAACAUAUGCUUGAAGCCUGCAACAAUAAUCUGGAGAUGGCAGUCACUAUGUUUUUGGAUGGUGGAGGAAUUGCUGAAGAGCCCAGUACCAGUUCAGCAAGUGUCUCUGCUGUCAGACCACACACAGAAGAAGAAGUCCGUGCCCCAAUUCCUCAAAAGCAAGAAAUAUUGGUGGAACCAGAACCUUUGUUUGGUGCUCCUAAAAGACGACGGCCUGCACGUUCAAUAUUUGAUGGUUUCCGAGACUUUCAAACUGAAACUAUUCGACAAGAACAGGAAUUAAGAAAUGGAGGAGCAAUAGAUAAGAAACUAACUACCCUUGCAGAUCUAUUCCGGCCACCCAUUGACCUGAUGCAUAAAGGCAGCUUUGAAACAGCCAAAGAAUGUGGCCAGAUGCAGAAUAAGUGGCUGAUGAUAAACAUUCAAAAUGUACAAGACUUUGCAUGCCAGUGCCUCAACCGUGAUGUAUGGAGUAAUGAAGCUGUGAAGAAUAUUAUCCGGGAACAUUUCAUUUUCUGGCAGGUUUAUCAUGACAGUGAAGAAGGUCAGAGAUAUAUACAGUUUUAUAAACUAGGGGAUUUCCCCUAUGUUUCCAUAUUGGACCCACGGACAGGUCAGAAGCUAGUAGAGUGGCACCAAUUAGAUGUAUCUUCUUUCUUGGACCAAGUGACAGGAUUUCUGGGUGAACAUGGGCAGCUGGAUGGACUUUCUAGCAGUCCCCCCAAAAAGUGUGCCCGUUCAGAGAGCCUUAUAGAUGCAAGUGAAGACAGCCAGCUAGAAGCUGCCAUCAGAGCCUCCUUGCAAGAGACACAUUUUGAUUCAACACAGACAAAACAGGAUAGCCGCUCAGAUGAAGAAUCUGAAUCUGAACUUUUUUCUGGCAGUGAGGAGUUCAUAUCCGUUUGUGGCUCCGAUGAAGAAGAGGAGGUAGAAAAUCUUGCCAAGUCCAGAAAGUCUCCCCAUAAAGAUUUGGGGCAUAGAAAAGAGGAGAAUAGAAGGCCACUAACAGAGCCCCCUGCCAGAACUGAGCCUGGAACAGCCACAAACCACCAAGGAUUAUCAGCUGUGGAUUCAGAUAUAAUAGAGAUGUCACCUGAAAAAUCAGAUGGAAUAGUGGAGGGGGCAGAUGUAAAUGGACCAAAAGCACAGCUGAUGUUGCGGUAUCCAGAUGGAAAAAGGGAACAGAUUACUCUUCCAGAGCAAGCUAAAUUGCUAGCUUUGGUGAAGCAUGUCCAGUCUAAAGGAUAUCCAAAUGAACGUUUUGAACUUCUCACCAACUUCCCUCGAAGGAAACUAUCUCAUCUGGACUAUGACAUUACGUUACAAGAGGCAGGCCUUUGUCCUCAAGAGACUGUCUUUGUACAGGAAAGAAAUUAACACCAUGGCCUGACCUCUCUCAGCCUAUCUCCUUUUCCCCUUUUCCUGUGAGAUACCAUAUCACUAAGUAUGCAUUUUGGCUCAUAGGACCAUAGAGCCAAAGUUGGGCAAACAAGUCACCUGCCUUCUCUCUUAUUUCUUGUUCUCUCUUAUAAUCAGUCUCUUUCUCCCCCCUUUUUUCUCUUUCCUCUCCUGUUUUCUUCUCCUACCGCCAACUUUCUUUCUUUCUUUCUUACCUAAUCUGGUGACCAAAUGGAAGUGUAAGGAUAAGACCUCUCCUAGUACUAGCAGCAGGAAAUGUGUGUUCCGAUAAGCGGUCUCUUGCACGGCACUUUUUUGGGAUCAAAUGUUAGUUACUCCCCAGAUUCCUUUGGCAAAGAAUGGCUAGAUUCAGAAUAAAAACAACCUCCCUUUUUUGUAAGUCCCCAUUUUUAGUAGGGAGAAGAAAUUGUCUAACACAUUUUGUUUUGUACUUCAUGUAGGAAAUAUCACAUAACAAAAUAUCUAGGCUUUUGUUUGCAUGGAAAAAUCAUCCCUUAUCAUUAUUGAUCAUCAUAUUUAAAUUUUUUUUCGAAGGAUUCCCAUCCUCCCAGCUAUAAGAGUUAUUUCCAUGACAUCUAUUAUUGGCAGAAUGAGUGUUAAAUGUGGAAUAUAUAGCAUGGGGUAGCUUUCAGUGCCCUAGCCUGAGACAGUUUUCUUUAUUAUUACUCUGUUAACUAUAUUGAUCCUGCUGGUCCUUGAAUGGACAUUUAGUGAGCAUAUUGUGGUGACUGGAACAGGAAGGUGCUUGCUGUUUUUGCCAGUACAGCAUAUUAGUUCCUUUGACCCCUCCAUUGUCUGGGUCCACGAUGAUCUAUAAGAAGGCAUCUGGUCAAUAAUCAUGCACAACAGUGGCUUAUAAUUGUAACCACUACAGUUAUUGAUAGCCCUAUGUUCUUUAAGGCAUACUAGGUAUGUCCCUGGGGAAAAAGAAAACAUGCAGCUGAGAGUUGCUAACCAAGUUCCUUUGGUUAGAAAUAAUGAUUCAUUUUUUACCCCUGGUUGGAAUAGACUCUAAAAGGCUCUGGUGACUAAAUGAGCAUAAUUCCUCAUGCUGUUUUCUUUCAGAAGGUAUCAAAACUGAAAGCUUCUCUAAGGGGAAGAUCUUUAAACUCAAUUCAUAAGAAAAGAUGAGUAAGGGUGGUGGUGGUGCUUACCAGUAAUCUUCAGAUGUUGUGAGUUUUUUCUGCCAGCAAAAGCCACAUUCAAAUUGUAGUUAGAGAAAGGUUUUUUCAGUAUUAUUUAGAAGAGGCCAUCUUGAAUCUGUAUAAUACUGUUUAUAUAUCGGUUUCAGUGUAUGCUCAAUUCUUACUUUGAGCUUAAAAUAGAGUCCUCUGCAAGGGCAAUAAUGAUUCUGGUGGCAAAAUCAGAACUUUAACUUGUUGUAAAAUCAUAAUAUGGAAUGUACCUGUUUUGUCA